AUGAUUACGGAUGUGUUUCUUCUACAUAUGACAUGGCCAGAUGUCUCUGAUAACAGCGCAGCAGUGGAGAUCAUGCCAUUGAUUGAAGCCGUAGGAUUUAUGUCAAAAAUCCUGCUCAUCGAACCCGAUUGGCAACACAAAGAUAAAGAAUUACCAGACAAGUUUGUAGCUAAGAUUCUAACCCAACUUGCUAUGCAGAAACUCACGGCAGAGGUUGCAGAACAGAAGAAAAUAAAGAACGUAUUCAGCGAUCCCGAAUUCAUGGCUACUCUGGAAAAACGUCAGAAAAAGGCAAGCACUUUGAAAUCCUGCUGA